UUUGCCUUAUCUAACUAACAACAGAAUACGAACCAGAAACGAAAUGGCUUGUUUACAGCCUCCAUGGUUGUCUUGGUUGCGCGUGGUAUCUCCCGCAAAACUCGCAGGCCCACCUUCGACCACGGUCAAGCCCGCCAAGCUGUGUUGGGCCGUGGGCCCUGACAAUGCUGAAUCGCCUGAACCCGCACCCGAUGCCCAAACGAGUCCCGUGAAGCUCGCGUUUAGCAAGGCCAAAGCGUAUAAAGAGUCCAUAAAGUCAAACUCCGAUGACAAAGAGGGAAACGCAAACGCUACCGAUGAAGGCCAAAAGGAUUUGCCAGAUUCUGUGAAGAUUGCAAUGGAGAAGGCCAAAAAGUACAAGCAGAAUCAAGGUCUUGCUGUUAGUGAAACCACUCAAGGAUCCCCGGGAGGGAGUGAGAGGAGUUCCGGAAAAAAUGUGAUGGACAAUAAGGUUGGUAAGAUAGGAGAACUUUCAGUUUCAAGGAUGGAUUUUGUGGGGCUUGAUUUUGCGGAUAAGAAGACGACUAGGGGAUUGCCACCUGGAUUGGUUCCCAUUUCAGAACCCUUCUUUGAUGGCGACUUGCCUGAGGUGGAGCUUAUUGUUGGAGACACAAGCAAGUUUGAUGAUGCAACAGAUCCAGAACCUGAACAGACUAAGGAAGAUGAGGCUGAACUCUACAAGCCAAAAGUUUCUACCUGGGGUGUUUUUCCGAGACCUGGCAACAUUUCAAAAACGUUUGGUGGUGGAAGAGUUAUACGUCCAGGAGAGGAUCUUGAGACAGAAGAAGAAAAGGCUGUUAAAGAAGCACGCACAAAGCAGCUACUUGCUGCCUACAAGAAGAAAAUUGGGUUAAAUAUUAAUCCAAAACUAAAAUCUGAGUGCGAGGAGGCAUUGAAGGAUGGUGACUUGUUAAUGAAUGCGGGACAGCUGAAGGAAGCAUUGCCCUACUAUGAGAAGGUUAUGGAUAAAUUAACCUUCCAGAGUGAGCUCCACGGAUUAGCUGCUUUGCAGUGGUCGAUUUGUCAAGACUCCCUCAGUAGAUCCAAUGAGGCUCGAAGUAUGUAUGAGAAGCUUCAAUCUCACCCAAAUGCUAAAGUAAGCAAGAAAGCAAGACAGUUCACGUACAGCUUUCAGGCUAUGGAAAUGAUGAAGGUGAAAACAGGAUCUCCAUUUUAUUUAAAGAACACAGGCUACCAGAAUUAUUUUGAUGCAUUUGUAGAAAAGAAAUCUAACUACCUCGAAGAAGAUACCCCGGUUAGAAAGUGCAAUGAAUCAGGUUUUGCCAUAUAUUCUUUUUCUUGUUUCUCCUAUUUUUAUGGUACUACUUAUUGCUGUUCGGAAAGGAAUAUAAAUCUUUUUCUUGUUGGUAUACAAGUCCCAUUUUUUUUUCUUUUAUAUUGUCAAAUGUCAAUGAUCAAGUCCUCCAAACAGAAAAGAAUUCUUCCAGUUUGGACAACUUCAUUCGAUUUUGAUGCAAGAUAAUCUCUACGUUUGUAUAGGGUGUAGGCAUAUAGGACUGGGUAGAUUGUAAAUGUAAGAAUCGUGCAAGUACCUCUCUUUUUCAGAAAUAUUGUCAGGAUCCUGACUCUCGUAGUUUUAUGCAGAGGACUUUUCUGCCAGAGUAUUAUUAUUUUUUGAUUGAGGAAAAAUGACAAAAAGAAAAAGGAACACUCCAUGAUA